CUCUCUCAAAUCAAUAAAAAAAAUAAAAUAUCUUAAAAAAAUAAAAUAAGAUGCUUCUUUCAGUGUAUUUUUAUGUAAUACACUUAAUGCAGAAAUACAUAUUAAAGCUUAUUAAAGUUCUCUGCUUUAGAACUUUGUAUUGCAGCUGUAAUUAAAGAAUGUUGGCGUGUUACACUGUCACUGAAGAGCCAAACCUUAGAUGCAGAAACAGAUGUGUUGUGUGCAGUCCUUUACAGCAAUCACAACAGAAUGGGCCGCCACAAGCCCCAUUUGGCUCUUAAACAGGUUGAACAGUGUUUAAAACGUUUGAAAAACAUGCAUUUGGAGGGUUCAGUUCAAGAGCUCUCUGAGUUGUUUUCUUCCAAUGAAAACCAGCCUGUAGCCACCAAAGCGUGUGUCAUCCCUAGCCAACCAGUGGUGGAAUUGGUGUUGAUGAAGAUUUUGGGAGCCUGCAAAUUGUUACUUCGCUUAUUAGACUGUUGUUGCAAGACAUUUCUCCUGACUGUGAAACACCUCGGUUUGCAAGAAUUUAUCAUUUUAAACCUUGUGAUGGUUGGGCUAGUGAGCAGAUUAUGGGUUCUCUAUAAAGGUGUUUUAAAAAGGCUGGUUUCUUUAUAUGAGCCACUGUUUGGAUUGCUUCAAGAGAUCUCUAGGAUUCAACCAUUGCCUUACUUCAAAGAUUUUACCUUUCCUUCUGAUAUUGUUGAAUUUUUAGGACAGCCCUAUCUUGAGGUCUUUGAGAAAAAAAUGCCUACAGCUUUUGCAGCUAAAGGAGUAACUAAAUUGCUAAAUAAGCUGUUCUUAACAAAAGAGAAAUCACCAGGGUGCAGUGAAGAAACUUUACUUAGGAUUUCCAAAAAAGCUAAUCAAAUGAAGAUCAAUACACAGACUAAUGUGGAUCUUGGACAGCCAGUAAAGAAUAAGAAAAUCUUCAAAGAAAAGUCAUCAGAAUUUGAUGUGAGGGCUUUCUGCAAACAGCUGAAACACAGAGCUAUUCAGGAGGCGAGCUUUGAAUUUAAGUAUCCUCAGCCCCAACUAAAGGCAACCAAACAUUCUUCUCAGAAAGUGAUAGGAACUUCCUGUGCCAAAAGUUUUGUGCAAAGAUUCCAAGAGGCUGAGACUUUCAUACAACUUUCUGAAGAAAUCCAAAUGGCGAUUCUGUGGUGCAGGAGCAAAAAACUCAAGGCUCAGGCUUCCUUUCUGGGCAACAAACUUCUUAAAAGUAAUCGCCUUAAACAUGUGGAAGCUCAAGGUUACAGUUUGCCCAAGAAACUAGAGUGUAUGAAAACAUCGAUUUGCAACUGCCUUCUACGUGGCUCAGGUAGCAAAACUUCAAAGCAUCAUCCGAGACUAAGAUCACAGAAUAAAUUUUUACUGAGACAGAGAAAACCACAGAGGAAGAUGCAGUCAACGCUUUUAAAGGAAAUUCAGCAGUCCCCUCAAGGGACUCAGAGUUCUACAGAUACCAGUAAAUGGAGAUUCUCACACUGUGCAGUUCAUAGAACUAACCUCUAUCCUAACAGUAAGCAACUCUUGAGUAGCAGAGUUUCAAAUCCUGUCAUACAAACCAAGGAGAAACAAAAUCAUGAAAAUCUUAUAGGAAGCAGUGACAGUAAAGCUGAUUCAUGGACAGUGAUGCAAAUAAAAAAACAUAAUACACCAGGAACCAUUAAGGAGACAGAUGACAUUGAUGACAUUUUUGCUUUAGUGGGAGUUUAGAUGCUCACUGUGAGACUUUUUAGUGACCAGCAAACUAUUCCAGUAUUCUGCUGUUUUAAGUGGAACUCCUGAGAUGUGGAAAGAUCUGAAAGCACCACUUGGACUCAGAGAUUUACUGCCAUAUUGUAUAGCAGUUCGUUUGAAUUCAAUAAACAUUUAUAGUAGCUUUGUGUCAUUUAAUUAGCGGAUAUCUGAAUGUUAAUCAAAUUUGACUUUGACUAAAUGCCAGGUGUUAAGAUGAAAAAUACCAUAUCGUACCCUUGAAAAGCAGAUGAAAUUCCUUCCCUGACUGAAACUAGUAGGUCCCUGAAAAACUGGAUAAUUUUAUGACUUACCAGGAAAUUAGGGCCUGAAUAAUUAGGUUUGCAAAAACCUACUCGGAGCCUUAAGAUAAAUGGAGAGUUAGAGGUGGGGGGGGGAGGGGGAGGGGUAGCAAGGAAUCACCCAAAAGGCCAUUUUGGUCUUACUGGCUCUGUUAUAGGUAAGUCCACUUCUGAACACCAAAGUUUGUAGCUGCUAGUGGGAGUGCUGUCUUGUUGAUACAUUAGAAUUGACCAGCUAAGGAACUCAGAAGUUUUGCCAUUAAUUGUUUUAUCAGGGAAUGGUCACAACCAUUAUUUCACUUUAUUCACCUUAUUUCAUAGAAGAGGAUAUUAAAACGCAGGGGGCAGUUGAUCAAUGAUGUUUCUCAUUGGUAUUUCUAUCCCUCUCCCCCUCUCUCUAAAAAUCAAUAAAAAUAUAUUUAAUAAUAAAAUGCUUUUGGAAUUGUUUAUAGGAUUUUGGGGUUUAUUUAUUUAUAGGGUACAAGUGACUGACUCCAGAAAGGAUAUGUAACUCAUGGUUAUACGUGAAAUACAACAGGAUAACAGUACAAGUAGGUGAGAAAGGUAAAUGAAAAAGUAAAACUAGGAGACACAAUAGACCCAGAUAUGAGGCUAAACAUAAAUUUAUAAUUUGGGACUGAUGCUGUCAACUGAUAUUUGUAUGUUGCUUGUUCAACUGUUCUAAGAUGGUAACUCUAAUGUAUUUUCAAAUGAUGUAAAGUUUGAGGUAAUUUUUCAAACAUUCUAGCUUACUAGAAAGGUUAAUAAGCUGCUCUUUGUUAAGUAGGUUGUAGCCUUAAGUUUUAUGUUAUAUACAGACUUACAAAAAAUAAAUAAAACAGUGCCUUUGUA